GAGGGACGAAGAGAGCUUUCAAGUGUAUUUAACAUUCUCCUCGCAGCCCUCUCUAACGGUCUCCCUCCAUCCUUUCUCCAAACACCAGACUCCUAAGUUUACUGAAGAAAAAUAAGCUCAUUAAUCAAGACUCAGCCUGACAUAGCAAAAGAAACAAGACAUAGUCUCACGGUGAAAACUCUGGAUUUGGAGACCAUAAAGAAGAUGGAGAGGCACAUGGUCAGGGGACAAUUGUAUAAGCAUUUUGAUUUGGAGAGGAAGAAUGCCAAGCAGGCUGAAGCCAGACUGGACCAAAGGCUGCAGAGACUAAAGGAUAUUUGCCUCUACCAUGUGAAAUUGCUGACCUGGGAGCAGAGGCAGCUCCAAAAAGAACUGCAGAGGUUGCAGCAAGCAGAAACCAUGAAGAAAAAGUUCUCCUCUUAUUUGGGGAAUGGAUUUCAGAAGAGACCAGAAGAUGUUCUCAUGUUCUCACCACAGGGAAGGCAGAAGCACAGAGCCCCACAGGCUAAGAAAAUGAGAGCAUUGGCAACCCGUAUGGCCCAAGACACAUGCAAAAGCAAGUCCCAGGUGCCUCCUUCACAUGAUGCUGGCCUCAAAGACCCCAUGAAGAGCAAAAAGCAGCCACUCUCUCAAAAUAACAGAACUGUCUGCUUCGUAAAAGAGCAACCACAAGCCCAAGAGAAAGAUUCUGUGAAUCCAUCUAAGGACGUAGACUCCAGCAAGGGCAUCUCUGUUCCAUGCCAAAAUCAAGAGGUUUCCACCAACACCAUAGAACAAGGUCCUAGUUCCAGCCCAGCUAGUGAUAGUGGAAUGGCACGUGCUGAUGAGACCAGAUCAAAAGAUGUUGCUCUAAAGCCAGAUGGGAGCACUGGAAAACAAAUUCCCCCAAAACACAUGGAAUGUGCAGGAAGCUUCGAAGGCGAGUUCACAAAGCCAACCUUCUUAGAGUUGCUUUCAAAGGCCAGAAAUGCCCAUUAUCUCCGGCACAGGGUCCCCCCUGAGUCUGAGAGGUUGCUUAGCAUUGGAGAGAUAUUUGGGCAUGGGGAAUCCUCAUCAUCCAGGGCAGGAAAGGAGUGUGAAAACAGGGUGCCUUCUAAGUUUCUUCCUCUCUAACCGUUUAACAUAGCCUGACAAUAACAUAUGCCAUUAUUGCUAAGGAAAUGUGUUCCUCAAAUGACUAUAUUAAGCAAUACAGAGAAAAACAAACAAACAUAAUUGAAUUACAAUUUUAUUUUAAACUCCCUAUUAUUUUCUGGGAAUAUAAUAUUUCUUGAAUGAUCAAUGCUAAUAUAUGAAAAAGGAGAGGAGGAAUGAAUCUUCUGAAAAUAUUUUAAGAUAUGUUUAUGAUGUCAUCAAAAAUAUGAAUAUAUAUUGAUGACUGGACUUGGGAAAACAGUAACAGUCUUGCUUUCAGGGACUUCCUGUUUCCUCUAGGAGAUUCUCAUGGUGCCACCUGCUGGCAAAACGGCAUAGCUAUUCUCUCUGUUUUAGUUUGAUAUAUAGUAGUGGUAGGAAUAGGAAUGUGAUUGUAAAUAGGUACUGUAACAUGGUCUAUAAAGAAAAUCCGCUCUUUAACCACACCCAUGUGCUCUCUUUGGAAGCCCUUUCCUUCUUUCCUUUAUUUACAGAUAGCUCCAUUUUAGUUUUCGCCUUCCCACUUUCAACCUGCUCAUAUCAAAUUUUUUGAAUCCUAUUGAAAGAAUAAUGGACAAUCUUUUACCUCUCGUAUCUUCUAGAAUCAAAGGAUUUAAAAAACCUUUAAUCAUCUCCCAACAUGCUGUCAAAUGCAUAGCAGACUCUAUCAAAAUGAUUUCACUGUAAAAUGAGAGGUACUAACAUUGUUAACAAGCUAUUGUUUCAAGUAGGCCUCUAUGUCUUGGGCUACACUGUAAAAGAAUCGAUUAGAUUUUGUUUCCCAUCCAACAGAUCCAAAUAUCACUCUAAAAAUAAGUAGUAUCAUAAGUCAUUAGAAAAUAAUAGCUUUUUGUUAAUGCGUUUUAAACUUACUGUCUACCUAAUGAAGUAUAGAAUAAAAUCGUCACCACUUUU